UUUCUUGAGCUGAAGUCCACUCUACUAGCUAACCGCUGGCAAAAAUGUUCUCAGUCCUCUUUAAUGCAUGCUUCCCGCUGCUUAGCAAAAGUUGAAAUGUUAACACACGUUGAAAAAAACUGCAGUAUUGACUUAAAAUGAAAAAAAUUAUCAUAGGAAUUGGUGGGAUGACAAAUGGAGGAAAGACUACACUGAGUAAAAGCCUCCAGGAGCUUCUGCAUAACAGCCUCGUUAUUUCUCAAGACAACUUUUUCAAGGAUGACUCAGUGGUCCCUGCUGAUGUCAGUGGCUUUAAGCAAUAUGACACUUUGGACGCCCUGCACAUGGACAGGAUGAUGGCAGGCAUUGGCUCGUGGCAGGAGGAUCCUCGGGGCUUCAUGAUGUCUCGUGAUCCUUCAGUGAAAUCCACAGCAUCUGAGCCAUCCAAUGUGUUUGUUCUUAUAGUGGAGGGAUUCCUCAUUUUUAAUCAUGGGUAAUUUUGUUCAACAGACUACCUUUUAUGUAAGAUGAAGAGGAAGUCAUACAGGAGAAAGUUUUUGUACAGUUGUUAUGUUUGCAAGGCAAGAUGGGA